AUGAGUAAAUACUUUAAUAAGAUAUUCAAAAGUACUAAAAAAGAAAACAAUCAUGACCAAAAAGGACCCAACGAUAAAAGCAAUUCACCUGCUACUCCAGCUGUAAUCCCAAUUUUUAUUGAAACAAACAAUUAUAACGCUAUCGUUUCAAAAUAUACAGAGGAAUUACAGAAAUUGAAUAACCCACAACUUAAAGAAGUAAAUGAGUACUAUCAAGAACAGGAAAAACAAUCUAUUCUUUUAGAUGAAAACAGAGAUUCAAUACCAGCUGAUUGCGACACAUAUACAAAUCUUAUAUGCGAAAUACAGUCUCUUGACAAGGAAAUUUCGGAAAGAAAAACACAAAAUUCUAAAAUCAAUUCAAAUAUCAAAAAAUUAGAGAAAAGGCCUCAAGAAAUCCUCGAAAUUGAACAAAAGUUGAGAGAAAUAUACAAAGAUUAUCGUAAAAAGAAUAUCAAAUAA